AUGGCUUCCAUCAACGCAACCAGCGAUCCAUACGACAAAGUCAAAGGAAACCAAGAGCAUAUCCUGCCCCUGCCAGGAGACAGACAGCUCGCCUAUGCCCACAACGGCCCUCCACAAUCACGAACCGUCAUCCUCUUCUUUACGGGCAUCAUGAGCGUAGGCACCGCCGCCAACGUCCCCGAGUCCUGCAGCGAGAUUCACGCCCGCUGGAUCUCGCCAACGCUGCCGGGCAUGGGCAAUUCAAGCACUCGUGACGUCUCUGUGCCUUAUCACGUCUCUCUGUCCAAAGACGUGACUGCUUUGCUCACCCAUCUCUAUCCCACGGCUGACUUCGACACUCCUUACCUUGCGGGAGGGUCAUACGGCACUGUGCAGGCGCAGAUGCUGUAUGGCGCUCCAUACAAUCUCUUUCCCCUCGGCCGCAAAAUCGCUGGAUGCCUGCUCCUCAGCGGCUUUUCCCCCCUGAAGCAUCACGCUGGAUACGCAAAAAAGGUCAACUGGCAUAAUUGGUUUUCCAUUGGGCCGCCUACAAGAGUCAUUCCGUUCCAUUUACUGCAGCGUCUUUUCAAAACUGCCAUUGGAUCCAAAUUGCAAUCUCUUGAUGGCGCAAGAGCAUUCCUCAAACAGACAAUCUUCAACACCAUGGAUCUCGAGGAGAAGCAGGUAUUCUACGAAUGGGCCGCAAAAAAUGACCUGACAGAGUCAGAGUUUAUCGACCGAAUGGCACGCGGUACCAUAGAGUGCUGCAAAAACUGGGACGGCUUCAUGGAGGUUUCUGACAUUAUCCACUCCGACUGGGGCUUCGAUCCGCGUACUCUGGACGCUGAGCAUGCGUCAAAGGCCAUGCUGGUGGUUGGGUCCCAGAGUGACUAUAUUGGAGGGGGCACCAACGAUUGGCUUGUGGCCAGCUAUAAAUCUGCAACACUCAGAUUGGUCCCUGGAAGCCAUAUAUCGUCGCUCUUCUACAUGGAUGAGUUGUGGAAAGAGUUGUUUGCAAUGGCUAGUAGUAAUUGA